GUCAGUUGUAGAUGUAUAAUAAUAAUAAUAUUAUUAUAUAGGAAACGACGAGAGGGAGCGCGAGCCAGCCAGAGACGUUCUCUCGCAUUCUGACCUAAGCAGUGCGAACCGCGCGACUAUGUUCGAUAUUGUUACAUUGUUUUCGGUAAAUGAACGUUAUAAUACAGGAUAAUACCUACAUCGAUUUUUUUUUUAUAUUCACAGAUCGCUCGUAGAUCACGUUUAUACAACUACACAAGACGGCAAUCAAUUAUAUUUAUAGCCACACCACACGGUUUUCAUUUUAUCAAUAGUAUUUUUUUUAAACAUGUCUGUUGGUUAUCCGCGAUGGACGAAAACUACGAUGGUUUGCUUUUUCGUAAUCGGUCUAACUUAUUCGGCAUCCAUAAAAAAAGACAUGACAUGUUAUGUAUGUACACCAAAUCAAAUUUCUGAUAUCACAGAAGCUUCAGAAAUCUCUAUUACGUUUUCAAAUUAUGACAUUGAAACUAUACCAACUUGUGGUUCAAAUGCUGCAAUCAAUUUUACAUUAAAAUGUCCAGAAGGAUAUAAAGGAUGUCUAACCAAAACUUAUGGUAAAAGUAUUCUGAAAUCUUGCAACGAGUAUCCCAUUACUGACUGUAAAACAGCAAAUAAUGUGAAAUAUUGUUUUUGUGCUAAAACUUUAUGUAAUGAUGCAACAAUCUUAAAUCCAGUUCCAAUUUCAACAGAUGAUGAAGAUUUAGACCAAUCAUCAGAAGAUGGGAGUGGGUUAUUUGAUGAUUUGACGCAAUUAGAUAAACAUAAAUACUCCAAUAAAAUUAUUAACGCUACAGUAAUAUUAAAUACAUCUAUGAACAAUAAUUCAUUUACAAAGGCAUCAGCUGAUAAAUUAUUGCUGCCUAAAUGUAUUUAUAUUUUAAGUUUAAUAUUCAUAACCUAUAAAGCUGUAUAAUAUUAUAAGUUUAGCCUUAUAUUAUAAGGCUAUAAGCCUUUUUAAAAUAGUCACAUACUUAUAACAUUGCAAAUAAUAGUGAUAUAUUUUAAUAAAAUCAUGAAAUAUGGAUGUAUUAUAUUUUAAAUAUAAUUGGUUAACGUUCCUUGUAAUUUUUAAAUUUUUAAUUAAAUAAUAAAAUUGUCCUUAAAAUUAACUACUUAAUCUAUUACAAUUAACAUACUUUAAAUAUUUUUCUCCUUUAUUAUUGUUAUAUACAAAUUUAAAUUUUACAAUUAAUAUAAUCUACACUUAAUAUGAGCUUGAAUUAAACAAAAAUUGUUUUUAUAAUAAAUAAUGAAUAAAUCACUAUUUAGUGUAAAAGUGAGCGUAGAAACUGGGCUAAGUAUUCAGUCUAUAUAUUAGUUUGUAAAUAAUGCAUUUUUAUAGAUAUAGAUAUUAACUUUUUUUUUUAUAAAAUUGUUCCUACUUAAUAUAAUAUUCUUUUAUUUAUAAUAAUAUAUAAAAGUAUGUGAUCUUUAAUUUUAUAUAAUAUUUAUCUAUUUUGUAGUUAUAUGUUAUAAAAUUAUGUUUACUUAAAUAAAAAUAUAAAAUACAGUUA